AUGACGGACGCGCAUACAAAAGAUGAUGCAGCCGUCAAUGCAGCCAGUGACAAGCUUGAUGUUUUAGAAUCAGAUGGAUCUCUUCGCAUGUGGUGGUUCGACGCUUACGAAAGGAGAGAAAAAGGCCAAGUCUAUCUUUUUGGCAAAACUCUGAACAAGGCUACCAACACCUACAUCAGUUGCUGUGUCACCGUCAAAAACAUUCAACGAAGUGUCUUCGUUCUUCCUCGUCAGUACAAGUUGGACAAGAGUGGUCAUACAACAGAUGAAGAAGUAGAUCAUGGUGCAGUGUUCUCAGAGCUGGAAGCUGUCCGCACUCGCAGUCGCAUUACCAAGUGGGCUUGCAAGCCUGUUACCAGAAAAUAUGCCUUUGAGGAGCAGAACGUACCGCAAGAGUCCGAGUACUUGAAAAUCAAAUACAGCUUUGAGCAACCUCAGUUACCCCAAAAUCUGUCUGGUAGUACGUUUAGCCAUAUCUUUGGCAGCAACACCAAUCCUUUGGAGCUACUGUUGAUCAAGCGUGAUAUUAUGGGUCCAUGCUGGCUGGAAAUCAAGAAUCCUAUGAUUGCAAGCGCAAACGAGACCUGGUGUAAAGUACAAGCCGUGAUUGAUAAUCCCAAACGCUUAAAUCCAUUGAAGGAUGCGAACGGCAAUGCUCCCAAGGAAAUCCCCCCUCUCGUCGUUAUGUCUCUCAGCUUACGCACCGUCAUGAACCACCAGAAGCAUGUCAACGAAAUUGUAGCUGCAAGUGCUAUCAUAUGCAAGCAAGUCAUGAUCGAUGAACCAACGCCGAUUGAAAAGCAACCCAAGGUCAACUUCAAUGUCGUUCGCCAACUCAACGGUGUCCCCUAUCCUGCUGGCUUGAACGAUCUGAUCAACAAAGAGAGACAAAAAGGAAACGCUAUUCAUGUUGAAAAGACAGAGCAUGCUCUGCUCAACCUCCUGAUUGCAAAGAUGCAUAUGCACGAUCCGGAUGUCGUGGUUGGUCACAACUUUGCCGGUUUUGACUUGGACAUCCUGCUACACAGAAUGAAGGCUCUGAACACGCAGCAUUGGCAUAAGUUGGGUCGACUGAAGCGAUCAAACUGGCCCAAGCUGCAAUCAGGCGCUGGUGGAUCAGGAGAAUCGACGUUUCAGGAACGUAUGAUCAUGAGUGGUCGAUUGAUUUGCGACACAUAUCUUGCCGCCAAGGAUCUCAUUCGAUCAAAAUCGUACCGCAUGACAGAGCUGGCACAAUCUCAACUUAAAAUUGCUCGCGAAGACAUCGAAUUUGACAAGUUCGCCAACUACUAUACAUCCGCAAACUCACUAGUCCAUCUUAUCAAACACUGCGAGUUCGACGCAUUCCUCGCAAUGGCUCUCACGUUCAAAUUGCAAGUCCUUCCGCUCACAAAGCAACUGACAAACUUGGCUGGAAACUUGUGGUCCCGCACCAUGACUGGUGCUCGUGCUGAACGAAACGAAUACUUGUUACUUCAUGAAUUCCACAGGAACAAGUACAUUUGCCCGGACAAGUCGUUUGGCCCCAAGCCUACUGCGAUGAUCGAAGCCGUUGAACACGACGAUGAUGAUGGAGAGCAAGUCGUUCCGAAGAAGUCAUCUGGUCGCCGUAAACCAGCCUACCUAGGUGGUCUCGUCCUGGAACCAAAGAAAGGCUUUUAUGACAAAUAUGUGCUACUUUUAGAUUUCAACAGUUUGUACCCUUCCAUCAUCCAAGAGUACAACAUUUGCUUCACAACUGUACAGAGAGAUCCCAGCAUGUCAGACAAUGAGGUUGAAGCCCAAAUUCCAGACGUUCCUGAAAAGUCACUGCAGCAAGGUGUAUUGCCCCGCCUAAUUAAAGCUCUGGUCAACAGACGUCGACAAGUGAAGAAGCUCAUGAAGGACCCCAAACUCACAGCGGCUGAAAGCAUGCAGCUGGAUAUUCGACAGCAAGGUCUCAAACUCACAGCGAACAGUAUGUACGGUUGUUUGGGUUUUGCCCACUCUCGCUUUUAUGCCAAACCUUUGGCCAUGCUCAUCACCUCCAAGGGUCGUGAGAUUUUGCAAAAUACUGUGGACUUGGCCGCAUCUCAAGAUUUGAACGUAAUUUAUGGUGAUACUGAUUCUAUCAUGGUGUACACGAAUGAAAGCGAUAUCAACAAAGUCAAGGAGAUUGGAUACGAGCUGAAGAAGAAAGUCAACGAGCGAUACAAUCUACUUGAAAUUGAUCUCGAUGGUUUCUUCAAACACAUGCUGUUGCUGAAGAAGAAGAAAUACGCCGCACUAUUGGUUGAAGAGCGCGAUGGAAAGUUGGUUGAGUCUGUGGAAACCAAGGGUCUCGAUCUUGUCCGUAGAGAUUGGUGUGAUCUCAGUCACGAUGUGUCUUCGGACGUUUUGGAGUCGAUUUUAUCCAGCAAAGAUCGUGAUCAGGUUGUUGAUGAUAUCCAUGCCAAACUCAGGAUCGUUGGCGAAAAAGUUCGCAAGGGCGAGUACAGCUUGGAAAAGUUUGUCAUUAACAAGCAACUGACAAAGUCACCACAAGACUAUGCGGACGCCAAGAGCCAACCUCAUGUACAAGUAGCUCGUCGUAUGAAGGAAAAUGGUCUGAACGUGAAAACCGGUGAUACCAUUCCAUAUGUCAUAUGUGAAAUGGAGGGCGUUGCCAGUGGAACAUCUGUUGGUUUUGCCGAAAGAGCCUUCCAUCCUGAUGAUGUCAAACGAGGCGACAAGGGAUUGCGUAUAGAUUAUGACUGGUAUCUUAACCAGCAAGUUCAUCCUCCUGUAGCGCGUUUGUGCGCGCCGAUGGAUGGCACUGAUGUAGCUCGUAUUGCCGAAUGCCUUGGAUUAGAUGCCAAUAAGUUUCAUGUUGGUGUUACGGCGGAGGCCGCUGAGCAAGAAGAACUCUACACUCUCGAUUCACAAAUCAGUGACGAAGAGCGUUUCAAGGACGUCGACAAGCUGAAUGUACGAUGCAGAGGAUGCUCGCAGCGGUUCGACAUUGUAGGCAUUGGUCGUCUCGAAACAAUGGUAUCUGGGCUUCAAUGUCCCAAUGGACUUUGUAAAGAAGUCAUCAUGUUCCAUUCCUUGAGGACUCAGUUGAUGACUGCCAUUCGAUCUCAUAUUCGACGAUACUACGACGGCUGGCUCGUCUGUGAUGACACCUCAUGUGGAAAUCGGACCCGUAUGAUGUCUGUCUUUGGUCGCCGAUGCUUGAAUGAGGGAUGCAGAGGCUAUAUGACACCCGAGUACUCUGACAAGAUGCUCUAUACCCAAUUGCUAUACUUUUCUUCAAUGUUUGAUACCGAGAAGGCAAAGGCAAAUUCUGCCGAUACUACCAGAGCAUUGGAUAUCGCUGAGCUUGCCAAUCGCUACAUCACCGAAUAUGCGGAAUUGAAAAAGACGGUGGAUCAAUAUCUCGACCGGUCAGGACGACGUUUUGUCGAUCUGUCUCAACUGUUUUCAUUCUGUACUAUUUAA